UGGUGAUGAGGCCGAGUUGGUCUCUCUCUCUCUCUCUCUCUCUCUGCUCCAUUAGGGCACUUUGCCACACCGUCUCUCUCUCUCUCUCUCUCUCUCUCUCUCUCUCUCUACAACUAGUCCCCAAAACACGUCUUCAAUGGCGGUUCUCGAUCCUUAACAAGUUGGAUCCAGGUGUCGAUUGUUUUGGUGAAAUCAAGGUGUUUUCUUGGAACCCUAGGGAUUGUUGCAAGUGUGGAAUUUUGGGAUUGAUUGAAUUCUGAUUGGGCAAAUGGAACCCGAGGUAAUCAGAUCGGAACGGCGAGGGAGAAAAAGGAGAAGGAAGGAUGUGAUGGAUGGGCAAGAAAAGAAGCAGGCGGUUGAGACGAGAUCCAAGGCAUUUGUUGGGAGGUAUGUGAAGAAAGAGUUUGAGGGUAGUGGGAUUUUUCUUGGGAAGAUAGUGUAUUAUGAUGCUGGGUUAUAUAGAGUUGAUUAUGAAGAUGGGGAUUGUGAGGAUUUGGAGGGCGUUGAAGUGAGGGAAUUUCUUAUGGGGGAUGAUGAUUUCGAUGAUGAGUGGAUGUUAAGAAAGAAGAAGUUAGAUGAGUUAAUUGCAAAGAAAGAUGUAAAGGUGAAGGAUUUGGCAGUGGAGGAGAACAUAGUGGUGUCAGCGAAUGCUUUGGAUAAGAUCGUGGUGUCGGCGAAUGCUGUGGACAAGAUCGUGGUGUCGGCAAAUGCUGUGGACAAGAUUGUGGUGUCGGCAAAUGCUGUGGAAAAGAUCGUGGUGUCGGCGAAUGCUGUGGACAAGGUUGAAGCAUCUCAACUGAGUGAGUUAAGUAAUGAUGGUGCUUAUGAAAUCGAUGAUGUUCAAGUUGAAGGUGAUGCUGAUUCAUCGAGUGAUUCAUGUGAGCAUGCUCUUUAUCGGGAUUUCAGCUUGGAGGUUGAUGAACCAGUUGUCCCUCCACCUCAAUUGCCUCCAUCUUCGGGGAAUAUUGGUGUUCCGGAGGAGUAUGUUUCACACCUUUUAUCUGUAUAUAGUUUCUUGCGCUCGUUUAGCAUCCAGCUGUUUUUGAGCCCUUUUGGACUUGAUGAUUUCGUGGGAUCACUCAACUGUCCUGUUGCAAACACAUUGUUGGAUGCCAUUCACGUUGGUCUCAUGCAUUCAUUGAGGCGUCAUCUUGAAACACUCUCUUAUGAUGGUUCUGAACUGGCAUCAAAAUGUCUCAGGUUUACUGAUUGGAGCUUGCUUGAUACAUUGACUUGGCCAGUUUACUUGGUCCAAUAUCUAAUGGUAAUGGAAUACACAAAUGGACCAGAGUGGAAAGGAUUUUACAUUGAUGUUCUGGAAAAGGAUUAUUACACCUUAGCCGUGGGUCAAAAGUUGAUGAUUUUGCAAAUAUUGUGCGAUGAUGUUUUAGAAUCUGAAGAGCUAAGGGCAGAAAUUGACAUGCGUGAAGAAUCAGAAGUUGGAAUUGAUUCUGAUGCUGUUCAAACUGUUUCUUCUGAAGGUGGGCCACGAAGGGUUCAUCCUAGAUUCUCAAAGACUUCCGCUUGCAAGAAUGAAGAAGCUAUGGAGAUCAUAGCAGAAACUCAUGGGACAAAAUCUUCUUGCAACUCAAGUUCUUUGGGUGUGAAAGGCACUGAAAUGGAUGUGGAAGCUGAUAUUGUUCAUGAUGGUAAUUCUGAUGAAUGUCGGCUCUGUGGUAUGGAUGGGACUUUGCUAUGUUGUGACGGGUGUCCGUCAGCUUACCAUUCGAGAUGUAUAGGUGUGAGCAAAAUGUUUAUACCCGAAGGGGCAUGGUAUUGUCCUGAGUGUACAAUUAAUAAGAUUGGGCCAACAAUUACAAGGGGUACAUCUCUAAGAGGAGCUGAAGUUUUUGGUGUUGAUUCAUAUGGACAAAUGUUUUUGGGUACUUGCAACCAUUUACUGGUGAUAAAGGUUUCAGUCAACUCAGAACCAUCUCUUCGAUACUACAAUCAAAAUGACAUUCCACAGGUCCUGCAAGCACUGUAUUCAUCUGCACAACUUAUUGUUUUGUAUUCCGAGAUUUGCAAGGGAAUUUUACAGUAUUGGCAUAUUGGAAGUGAUAUUUUACCUCUUGUUGAAACAAUUGAAACAAGUAAAAUGUUAGCGAACAUAAAGGAAGAUGUUGAGUUCUCUACUCCAUCAGUUACUCUGUUGGGUAAGGAAAGUCCUAAAGUUUUAGAUAUGGUUGAGGGUGAGAACUUAGCAAGUUGUGUAACUGAAAGUGAUGUGGAAAAUAUGGUCGGUUCAAGUCUGGAAAACUCUUGCAAAAAUCCCGGGUUUAACAAGAUUUUGUAUACAAUUACCCAAACAGAACACCCUGGUCAGCAGAGUAGUGGUGACGCUACAACAAAACAGCUUUGCCAUCUUAAGGAUACUGAAUUCUCUGAGCGGACUAAGGUGGAUUCUACCAUGUCUUCUGUUUCAAUUAGCCAGCAGGUCAAUCCAUCUGAUAUGAUUCAUCAAACCUUCUUCAGUGGCAAAGCAAGCUUGGUUGAUUUUGCAACAUGUACAUCAGGAAAUAGCAAUAAAAGUUACAAAGGACAUGUGAAUGAUAUUUGUAUUCCUGUUAACAUAUCCUCUCAAAGCAAAGAGGGUACUAAGCGAGUUGGUGGAAGAGGUUACAUGAAUUCAUCUGAUGAUUGCUGCUUGUACAUGGGAUCACAUUUUAAGUCCCAUGCAUAUAUAAAUAACUACAAUCAUGGAGAUUUUGCUGCUUCUGCUGCUGCCAAUCUGGCUAUUCUUUCAUCAGAAGAAAAUCGGGUUUCUGAGUCUCAUGCUUCAGACAACAGGAGGAAAGCUAUGUCUGCUAACAUUUCACUGCAAGUAAAAGCUUUCUCAUCAGCAGCUAUACGUUUUUUCUGGCCGAAUUCUGAAAAGAAGCUUGUGGAAGUCCCAAGAGAAAGGUGUGGUUGGUGUUUUUCUUGCAAGGCCCCUGUUUCAAGCAAGAGAGCAUGCUUGUUGAAUGCAGCUGCCUCAAAUGCCAUUAAAGGUGCUAUGAAGAUUCUUGCUAGCCUUUGUCCAAGGAGUGGAGAGGGAAGCCUUCAUGGUAUUGCAAUGUAUGUUAUGUUCAUGGAAGAGAGUUUAUUUGGUCUGACAGUUGGUCCCUUCUGGAAUGCUGUGCACAGAAAGCAAUGGCGUAAACAAGUAGAACGGGCUACAACCUGCAGUGCUAUAAAGCCCCUCUUGCUUGAGCUUGAGGAACACAUCCGCACUGUUGCUCUUUCUGUGGACUGGGUUAAGCUUGUGGAUAAUUGGUCAGUUGAAUCUUCCGUGACCCAGAGCACUACGUGUGCUGCUGGAUCAACUCAGAAACGUGGACCACGUGGGAGGCGGGGUAGAAAACCGUCUGCUAUAUCUGAAGUUACAUCUGAUGACUCUCUUGACAACUUGAGUGACUUCACCUGGUGGCGAGGAGGAAAGUUAUCAAAGCGGAUAUUUCAGAGAGGGGUUUUGCCGCGUUCAUUGGUUAAGAAAGCAGCUCGCCAAGGUGGUUGCAGAAAGAUUCCUGGUAUUUAUUAUGCUGAAGAUUCUGAGAUCCCUAAAAGGAGCAGACAGUUUAUUUGGAGAGCUGCAGUUGAAAUGAGUAAGAAUGCAUCACAACUUGCGGUUCAGGUCAGGUACCUUGACCUUCAUGUAAGGUGGAGUGAUCUUGUUCGUCCUGAGCAGAACAUUCAAGAUUCAAAAGGUCCAGAGACAGAAGCUUCUGCUUUUAGAAAUGCUUUUGUUUGUGAUAAGAAAAUUGUGGAAGACAAGGUUAUGUAUGGAGUUGCUUUUGGGAAUCAAAAGCAUCUCCCUUCCCGCGUCAUGAAGAGUAUCAUAGAUGUAGAGCAAGGCAAAGAUGGAAGGGAAAAACACUGGUUUCCUGAAACUCGCAUUCCUUUAUAUUUGAUCAAAGAGUAUGAAGAAAAUGUAGAUGAAGUGCAUCCGCCAUCGGCUGACAAGCCUGUGAAUGUGUUGUCCAAUUUACAAAGAAGGCAGCUGAAAGUUUCUCGUAAGGAGAUUUUUUGUUACCUUUCAUGUAAGAGAGACAAUUUGGACAAGUGCUAUUGCGCUUCGUGUCAAGUGGAUGUUUUACUUAGGAAAGCGGUUAAAUGCAGUGCAUGCCAAGGUUUUUGUCAUGAGCAAUGUACCAUCAGUUCUAUGGUUCACAGGAAUGAUGAAUUUGAGUUCUUGAUCACCUGCAGACAGUGUUCCCAUACCAAAGCUAUUGCUCAAAGUGAAAACAGUAAUGAAUCUCCAACUAGCCCCUUGCUUUCGCAAGGGCAAGAGUUUCAGAAUGCUGUUACAGUCAGUAAAGGUGCCAAGCAGAAAACCUUUAAUCAACCAUUAACAUCUGUUGGACAUUCUCCAAGUUCUAUGGAGAUGAAACCAGCUACGCAUGAUUCUAAUUUGGCAACAAAAAAUCGACGCAAGUUAUGUUCUUGGGGUCUGAUAUGGAAAAGGAAGAACCCUGACGAUGAUGGAAGUGAUUUCAGAUUGAAAAACAUUCUUCUGAGGGGCAAUUCAGAUAUGAGCUGGUUAGAACCUGUUUGUCACCUGUGCCAAAAGACUUAUAAUUCUAAUCUCGUGUAUAUUCGCUGUGAAACAUGCCAAAAUUGGUAUCAUGCUGAAGCUAUAGAACUAGAGGAUUCGAAAAUUCCUGAGGUGAUGGGAUUCAAAUGUUGCAGAUGUCGGAGGAUAAGAUCACCUGUGUGCCCUUAUUUGGAUCCAAAAAGCAAGAAAAUAUUAGAAGCCAAGAGGCCACGCACAAGAGCUCCAAAGACAGGAAAUUCAGAAUUGGACUCUGAUUAUGGAACCAUUUCUGAACAACCUAAUGAGUGGGAAUCCACUACUCCAGUGUUGCCCAAGAAUGAGGUAGUUCCAGAGGAAGACAAUCCUCUUCCUUUUUCAGCCGUCGAGCAAUUUACAGAGCACAAAUCAGAAAUGGAAUUUGAAUGGAAUCCUGCUACUGCUUCUGGAACUGGGCCUCAGAAACUACCAGUUAGAAGGCAUAUGAAGCGUGAAAAUGAUGUUGAUGGAACCUCGGCAAAUAACCCAUCUCAGGUUGAGUUAUCAACGCCGAUUGAACCAAACAUUCUCCCGAACCCUGGAGAGGAAUCAUUAUCUCCUCACGUGGAGUGGGAUGUUUCUAAAAAUGAUUUUGAUGAUGGUUUAUUGUUUGACUACGAAUGUCUAAACUACGAGGACAUAGAGUUUGAACCCCAGACCUACUUCUCCUUUACAGAGUUGCUGGCAUCUGAUGAUGGUGGCCAAUUGGGUGAAGUUGAUGCAUCUGGGAUUUCAUGGGAUGGACCUUCCGAGCAGUGUGGAAUGAUGGGUAUUGACAAUCAUCAAGAACCAACAAUUUCUGUGGAUCCUGCUGGUGAUAUGGAGUUUUGUCGGAGCUGUUCUCUUAUGGAUCCACGCCCCGAUCUUUAUUGCCAGAAUUGUGGGUUGUGGACACACAGCCAUUGUGUGUCCUGGGUCGAGCAGUCAUCUUGGGAGGGGAACUGGAGGUGCAGCCACUGCCAGCAGUGGCAGUAGUUGAUCUCAUGUUAUAUAUAAGGUUCUGAAAAAAAUUCUGCUGUAACUAAGUUCAAUUAGUCAUGAAACGGAGCACAGUUGAACACAGACUUGCCGAUUGAUGUUGUGCAUUGUUAUGAGAGAUUAAGAUAUGCUGUGCAGUUGAACAGUGAUUUCUUCUUUGGUUGAAGAAUUUUGCCAGUUGUGGUGCAUGACGAACUUCCAGAGCUCAACCGCUUUUGUAGUAGCUUCUUAGUGGUUAUUGAGUGCGUUUAGUGAGAGAGAAAUUGGUGCUGAUUCUUGGCUAGUUCUCCCUUCUUAUGUGCUAAAUUCAGCCUUUUGAUAUCACAAAUAUAUGGAAGAUUGAUUUUGCAAUCAUAGGUUUGGUUAGAUCAAAUAUUGGAAGAUACAAAAAUGUUCAAAGCCUGUUGAUACCUGGAUUAAAAACCAGGGAGGAUUAGAAUCACUUUGGGAGGUGUGAUAUUUACUCAGAAAUGGAUGGAUGGAUGAGCAGAUUUUUUUGGUGCUUAUCUUAUUCUUUUUCACUUUGUGUAAAUCAGAAUUCCCUCGUAUUCUUGUUUGGCUAUGACACUUGACUUCAGAAGUAAUUUCCUUCAGUAUUUGAAUUUGUUUGUUUU